AAUAGAUUAUAAUUAUGGGUACCUGAUACAAUAAUGCUAAAUGAUAGAGAAAUGCCAAAUUAUUGGUUAUAUUCAAAUUCAAGAGGUUUUGUAUUUAGAACAGAUACAUUUACAUAAAAAAAUGUAAUAAGCAAAUUAGUUAAUUAUACAUCUCCAGAUGAACUUGUAGCAGUUGUUAAGAAAUAAUAGUUUCGUAACAUGGAAUUAGUAGGUAAUAAAAUAAAAUUAAUUUGUUGCAGAGAUUUAUAAUCUUAAAUAAAUGCAAAUUUUUAAAUAGAAUAGAUUUGUGUGUAAUUUAGAAGUUUAUAAAGAGUAAUGGACCAAAGGCAUUUAUAUGUAGAACGAUUUGGAGAAAAGAUAAGAAACCUUAUUGUUAUAUAAUAACAAAUAAAGAAGAUUUCUUUGCUUAGACAAGAAAUACAAAAAGUGAGAUGACAAAAUAUGUUACAAAUGCGAGUUAAU